AGAAUAGCCAAUUUAUGCGACCCGAUUUAUUUGGGUUAUCAUGCCCCAAACAAGUGACGUCACGAUUGUAUACACGUAGCCAAUGGCAACCAGGUCGAGUCAAGUACAAUAACCCAACACAGAACACUUUAGGCAAGUAAUUCAGCAAGUUGGACCGGAUAAACAUCACUUGACCAGUUUAAGACUAAAUAGCAAGUUAACGAAACUGAACAAAAUCACGAAAAACAGGGAAAGGAACGCAAAACAAGCUACACGACCAUAUCGAACUUGGACAUUAAAAAUAUCGAGCGAUGACUACUAUAGGAGUACAACAAGCGGCCCCUGUGCCCGAACGGGUCCUUCCUAUGGACAUUCCGAGUUAUUCGUACCAGUACCCUUCACUUAGAACCGUCCAAUUGGCAGCAACCAAGGAGGGACUCUUCCACCCCCGCCUUCCAACUUUCAGACGGAUGGAUAUGGACACAGCAGCUCAUAAACUACCCGAUCAACAUUGUAGAACUACCACAGCCUGUGGACCUGCUGACUUCAAGCGAGCGACAACAACUCUAUUUACUCCACCCGCACAAAGACUUAAUAGUUCAAGCAUCACAGAGACCGGCAGACAACUGCAUAGAUACUAUACAACUCCCGUCGAAUUAUCAAAAACUAAAGAACAAUGGUCAUCGUUUCUGAGUGAGACGCCAGAUAGAUACAAUAUUAGACUUCCCGAGUUGCCAAACGAUAAAAAUCUCCGUUACGUUGGUUACGCUGUACGUCACACCAAACCAGACGUCACGGCGUCAUGGCAAUAUACGCUUAAACAAGAGCCACAAUUGGAUCAGUAUGGCCAACGCCCAAUGCCCGCUAAUGUAUAUGCCAGAUACAGAGAUACUUACCCACAAUACAGCAGGAAUAUUGCAACUGAGGGAUGGCGGUAGAUGGUAGAUAGUGGAUACAAAAUAAUAUUAACAAUCAAAAAAUGAAAUUGGAAAAGUUUUUCUGAUUUCUUUGAAAUCAUGUUACAAUGAUUUCUACUUUUAAAUAUAAACAGACUGUGAGGAAUUCUGCAUUAUUGCCGAUUUGGGGACUUUAUAGUUCAGUAUUAUUAUCAUUAGAUGAUUAGAUAUAGAUCUAUUUUUAUUAGAUAUAAAUCUCUUUUUAGAGAAAACGUCAUAAGUAUUUGUAAUUGGAGCUUUUGGCAAUUACUAAAAGUAUUAAAUACUUUUUAGCAUGCAGGGUGUCUUUUCACUUUUCACUUUCUUUUGUCAUUAUUCUGAUGUUUCCAAAUAUUUUGAAUUCUAGUAUAUUUUUUAUUUACUCAAGAACAUCAACAUCCUAGGUAGUACUCAUGUCUUAGUACUCACGUCUUACAAAAGUU